AAAUUUCAAUCUGUUUGUGGAAAAAAAUUUGUCGCCCAUCGGAGUGGAGCUAGGGCUUUAAAAUUUCCAAAUUUCUUCUUCACGUCACGCAUUCGAAUUCUAAGCCCUAAACCAAAACCUAGACGGAUUGGGAUUUGGGAAUCGCAAUUCAGUUCGUCUUCUUCCUCUCGUGACUGACUGCGCAGUCGAUGCUCUGUUCUGUGGUGCUGGUCGGCGAGGGCCAUAGAGAGGGUUCCAUUCUCAACCGCUCUCUCUCUUCAACCACUGCUCAGUUUCUUCUCCUUUCAUGUCUUCAGUCGGUGGUUUGCUUUUAUCUGCUCCUCAUCCUUCAGGGUCUUCUAAAACCCUAGGCUUUCAUUCCGGUUCCUCCCCUAUAUGCCUGCUCCCCUUUCUCCUUCUCUAUAGUCAAAACCACCCUUGUUUUAAUCUCAGGCUCUUUGGCUUCCAAUUCCAAUCCAAUUCGAGAUAUGAGCGAUUCUAAGGUUUUCAUAUUUGGGUCUUUCACUGAAGACGAAACCAGUUCAUGGAUUCAAUCUCAGUCGUGUGUGAAUCAUGGAAAGCUGGCUGAUAAUGUAAAUGUGCAAUUUGGUUCUUUGAAUUUUACGGACGGAAAAUCAUUGGGCAGUUCUGUUGACGGUGAACUGAAAGAACCUUCUGGUUCCUCAACAGAAUCCAUACAUUUGGAGUCCCUUGAUUUAGCUAAGAAUGAUACUGAACUGGAAACUACCCCAAGAAAGAAAAGUUUUUCUCCCCAGGUAUCAGGAGUGCCAAGAGAGAAUGGAAAUAAUUACAAUCCUGAUAAAAUCUCUUCUUGUACUAAUGGGGUGACAGAAACGAAAAUAGACCACACUGACCUUCCGUCCUUAUGUAUAUCAAAGGGUCAGAAUAAUUCUUUAAAUCAAUUUUCGAGAUUGGUAGCAGAAGAUAGCAAGCAAAAUGGUAGUAUUGACGAUUUGAAAGAAACUGUUCUGAAAGAAAAUUUCAGAAGUGCAUCCAAUGAUUCUGUUACAUCCUCCACUAAGCUACUACCUCGAGGUUUAAUAAACUCAGGGAAUCUAUGCUUUCUGAACUCGACUCUGCAGGCUCUUUUAUCCUGUCCUCCUUUUGUUGCUCUCUUGAGAAAUUUAAGGAAUCGUGAAAUCCCCAAGGCUGGUUAUUCUACGUUAACUGCAUUUGUGGAGUUUGUAUCCGCCUUUGAAGUACCUAGUUCAAGUGUAUUGAAUAAGGAUGUGGCUGCUCGUGACGUUGGGAAGCCUUUUAGCCCUCUUAUGUUUGACGGCGUUCUUAAGAAUUUUACUCCAGAUCUACCCAGCGGUAUCGUGGGCCGUCCAAGGCAGGAAGACGCACAAGAAUUCUUAAGUUUUGUCAUGGAUCGGAUGCAUGCUGAAUUACUGAAGCUUGAUGGAAUGUCUUCAAGUAACAAUGGGGGUAAAUCGUUUGUAGUUGCUUCUGCCGAAGAUGAUGAAUGGGAGACAGUUGGGCGGAAGAACAAAACUGCAGUUAUGAGAACACAGAGUUUUGUUCCUUCAGAGUUAAGCGAAAUCUUUGGGGGUCAACUGACAAGCAUGGUGAAGGCAAAAGGAAAUAAACCUUCUGCUACUGUUCAACCAUUUCUUUUGCUACACCUUGAUAUUUACCCUGAUGCUGUUCACACUAUUGAGGAUGCUCUACGUUUGUUUUCUGCACCAGAAACUCUUGAAGGGUACCGACCAUCAGCUGCUGGGAAGGCUGGUGUGGUGACUGCUAGAAAAUCUGUGAAGAUACAGAAGCAGUCUAAGAUAAUGAUAUUACAUCUGAAGCGUUUUGGUUAUGGAAGCCAAGGAAGUACCAAGUUGAAUAAGCCUGUGUAUUUCCCACUCGAGUUGGUUUUGAACCGCGAUCUUCUCGUCUCAUCAUCCACAGAGGGUAGGAAAUAUGAACUUGUGGCCACCAUAACCCAUCACGGGAGAGAGUCCUCAAAGGGGCAUUACACUGCCGAUGCUCGAUAUCCUAACAACCAAUGGCUACGAUUUGACGAUGCAUCUGUGACUGCCAUCGGGGCGAAUAACGUGUUACAUGACAGGGCCUAUGUUCUCUUCUACAAACGAGUUUAGGGUAAUAUAUCGACUUGAAAAAGUUCUUCUGAUGGUGGUGAGGCUUUUGAGUUAUUAAUGUAUGUGAUGUGAUACUGCCCAAGUGAGGAUUUUACUGUUUUUUCACUCACAAUCUAUUCUUUGUAUGGUCUGGUUCUUUAGUUAUAUUUUUAAUGCCAAGUUUUCACUUAAAAUUUUGAAGCU